AUGGGCAAGGACACAGUAGAAUUGUGGAUAGAGGAUUCAGAUUCUCCAGGGCUAGCUUUUAGGUCUGCUGUAGCUCUACUUGAUAUGCAAAGGAAGGAGUUGGAAAAAAAGUUAAGGGAGAGACAGGAAGAGCUCUUGAGGAUGCAAAGAGAGGCUGAAGAACAGAGGAGGAAAGAAGAGGAAAAGGAGAGGGUUAGGUUGGAACUUGAGGAACAAAAGAAGUAUACAGUGGCUAUGGAGGUCCCAGUGGUGGAUGUUGAGAAUGAUGGGGUUGAGUAUGUGAGGGUUAUUACCACAGAAGAUGCUGAUGAGAAGAAGACACCAAAAAAUGCCCCCCCAAAACCAACUAAAACCACCACCACCCCAGAAUCAACAACACAAACACCUCCACCCCCUCAUGAGUCAAGACAACAAACACCUCCACCCCCUCCUGAGUCAAGACAACAAACACCUCCACCCCCUCCUCAGUCAAGACAACACACACCUUCACCCCCUCCUCAGUCAACACAACAAACACCUUCACCCCCUCCUCAGUCAACACAACACACACCUUCACCCCCUCCUCAACAAACACAAACUGAAAAUGCUGCACCAACUGAACCACAGGCAAACAUACCUGAACCUAGUGUUCCAUCCAAACCAAAAAAGACAGGGAGAGCUAGACCUAAGGGGUUUAGGGUGGGAAAACCAACACUGGUAAAACUGGGAACAUAUGUUGCUAAAACCAAUGCUAGUAAGGUUAAGAGAGGUGCUGGAAGGGCAUGUAAAGGCAAGGGUGUUGCUGUGUUAUCUGAUAAUGAGGAUGAUGAGGACAGUGAGGAUGAUGAUUAUGAGGGGGAGGUGAGUGAUGAUGACAGUGAGGAUGAGGAGGACAUAGGGGAUUUCAUUAUUGCUGAGGAAGGGUUAGAGGACUUGCAGGAUGAUAUCCCUGAGAAAACAUUUGAGGAUUGUCUUGAUGGUAGUGCUAGGAUGGACAGGAAUUACAAAAAUGGGAAGGUUUAUGUUGAGCAACCAUAUGGUUCUAUUAGGCUAGAGCCCUGGCUAAUAUUUAAAGAUAGGGAGUCCUUUAUGAAUGUCCUUAUGGACUACUGCAUUCAGGAGGGGUUUGGCUUGAGUGUGGAGAAGUCAGACAACCUGAGAUACACUGCUGUUUGUGCAAUUGAGGGCUGUGAUUGGAGAAUUCAUGCCUCAAAGAUGGUAGACAAGUUCAGUUGGGCAAUAAAGUGUAUGAGUGGGGAGCACAAACUGUGUGGUAGGCUUGAGGUCAACCCAAUAGUGACCACCAAUUGGUUGGUGAGGAAGUUGUUGCCAGACAUUGAGGCAAACUUAGAAAUACCAGUGGUCACACUGCAGAGGUAUGCUCAGGAGAGGUUCCAGAUUGAGGUGAAGCUAAGGCUAUUCUAUAAGGUGAAAGCAGUGGCUAAGGAGAUCAUCCAUGGUAGUUUUAGUGAGUCAUAUGCACUCCUACCUAGGUAUGCAGAGAUGAUCAAGGAGACUAACCCUGGGAGUUAUGCACUGGUCACAUGGCAUAGUGUUUCUGGGGAUGUGCAACCAAAGUUCAAGGCCUGUUUUUUCUCAUUUGCUGCACAGUUCAGGGGAUUUCUGAAUGGGUGUAGGCCCAUUAUUGGAAUUGAUGGCUCUCACCUAAGUGGGUAUUUCAAGGGAAUUCUUCUGGCUGCUUUGGGGAUUGAUGGAAACAAUGAGAUUUUCCUGCUAGCUUAUGGAGUGGUGGACACUGAAAGUCAAGAGAGCUGGAACUACUUCAUGAGGAACCUAAGGGCAGUGUUUCAGCAAGAAGGAUGCAACAGGGAUGACUGGACCUUCAUCAGUGACAGAAUGAGGGGGGUGGAUUUAGCUGUGCAUGAGAACUUCCCAAGGGCCACCAGAAGGUGUUGCAGUCAACAUCUAUACAUGAAUUGCAAAAAUGGUGGUUGGAGUGGAGAACUUUUCCACAAGUUAUUCUGGAUAGCUGCAAAUGCCUUCAACCCCUAUGUUUUCAACAAGGCAAUAGAGAAGAUCGCUGACUUUGAUCCCAAUGCAACAAAGUACUUGGACACAUAUACUGAGCAGUGGUCCAGACAUCAGUUUGACCCAGAAGUUUGUUGUGAUCAUAACACAACUAACUUUGUGGAAUCAUUCAAUGCUCUGACCAAGCCUUACAGAGAUUUACCAGUUUUGACCCUGUUUGAAGCAAUAAGACAAUGGGCUAUGCAGAGAAUUGGGGUCAGAUUUGACAAAGCUGUCAACAUGGAACCUCACCAAUUAACCGAGUAUGCCAGACAGGAACUUGAGCUCAGAGGUGCAGAGUCCAGGUUUUGCUACUCUACUCCUUGUGGAGGUGGGGAGUAUGAGGUGAGGGAUGGAAAUGUGCACUUCCCAGUGAGGAUUGACACCAGGAGAUGUGGAUGUGGGGUAUGGCAGGUCUCUGGAAUCCCUUGCAAACAUGGUUUGAGGGUGAUUUACAACCAAAGACUUAGCCCUGAAGAUUUUGUGUCUGGCUAUUUCAAGGGUGCUGCCUAUAAGCAGACAUAUGCAGAGCAUAUGCACCCAAUGCCUGACCCCAGUCAAUGGCCAGAGUACUCCCUUCCCACCAUUAAUCCCCCUGGGAUCAAGAGGAGUGCUGGAAGACCCCCUAAACAGAGAAAGAGGAAUGCCAUGGAAGCUAAGAAGAGGAAGAGGCAUAGCUCAGUCAAGUGUGGAAAGUGCAAGGAAAUGGGCCACAAUGCAAGGACUUGUAAGAAUGGUGCUGGAAGUUCCAAGGCUCCACCAAAGCAGAGAGCUCCUACAAAGAAGAGGAAGGCAUCAUCUGAUGGUGCAAGUACAUCCAAGGCACCACCCAAGGGGAAAAGGUCAAAGCAAGCAUGAGGCAGUGUGAAUUUUGGGGGGUAGAAUGACUUUUUGAUUUGGAUUAACAUAGAAAACAACAGCACA